AUGCUCAUCGCCGUAGUCCCAGCUUCACCCAAAACAGGCCAGGCGGCAAUCCGCGCCCUACUCAACUCAACCGAAACCACCAGGCCGAUCACCGUGAAAGGCGUAUACAGGGAUCUCUCCCGAGUCCCAGAAGAGUUCCUUUCCAACCCUCAUUUCCAAGCGGUCAAGGGCGAUGUGAGCGACGCAGCAAGCCUGGAUCUCACCGGCGUCGACGCCGUUCUCGCAAUCACCCCUCCGCGAUACGACGGCUCAGACUUUCUGGCUUGUGCAAGGACAGCAUCGGAAAAUACGCGUCUCGCCAUCCAGAAAUCUGGAUCUGUUAAGCGUCUGGUUUUGCUUUCUAGUAUGGGGGCUGAGCAUGAGUCGGGGACUGGGGAAAUCGUGACGAACCACAUCGCCGAAACAAUUUUAAAGGAUGCAGCACCGGAGGUUGUCAUCGCGAGAUGUACUUACUUCAUGGAGAACUGGGCUAUGGCGGUUGAGACGGCGAAGUCUGAGCAUCCGCAUUUCUAUUCGUCUAUCACGCCUAUCGAUUUCGAGGUCCCUAUGGUCGCUGUCAAAGAUAUGGGCCAAGCAUUUGCAACAUAUUUACUCAAGUCCGACAUUCCAGAAAGUCCCUACAUUGUUGACGUCCAUGGACCGAGGUCCUAUACGCCGAAAGACGUGCAAAGGGCCUUCGAAGAGGCUGUUGGCAAGGAGGUUGAACUGCGACUCGUGGAGAGGAAAGAUCUAUCGCAGUUCUUUGCGGGAUUUCUCCCGAAGAACGUGGCUGAGGCUUUCACCGAGAUGACCAAUGCCUUUUUGCCGGGUGGUAUUAUGGCGAGUGCUAAUACGGAGAAUUCAAACAGUGAUCGAGUCUGGAGGGGGAAGACUGAGUUGAAGGAAGCUAUUCGGGAGCUUUGUGAAGGGUCUGGAUAG